GAGCAGCGGUGAAGAAGAAGGGGCGGCCGCGGAAGCAACAACAGGUUCAGCCACAGCCCAAGCGAGUGAAGCUGCCCAAGAAGGCGCCGGUCGGCCCUACCGUCACCGAGCGCGUCCUGUCGGUGGCGGCGUCCAGCAUGGAGCGACGCGGCAUCUCGCUGGUCGCCCUGAAGAAAGCGCUGUCGGCCAUGGGCUACGACGUGAGCCACAACAACAGCCGCGUCAACCGGACGGUGCGGCAGCUGGUGCAGAGGGGCUCGCUGGUGCGGACCAGCGGCACCGGCGCCUCCGGCUCCUUCAGGUUUAACCGGACAGCGGCGCCCAAGCGGGAGAAGGCGGGAGUGGCCCGCAGGAUGGUGGCGUCUAAACGGGAGAAGAAAGUGGCGGCGGCGCUCCGCAAGCCCACCACCACCCUUUCCAAGAGGUCGGCGACCAAGAGGACCAAACAUCAAAGCAGGACCACCGACCGACCCUUCAAGCGCCGCCCAAGGACGGUCGGUCGUCCCCACGCUAAGGCCCGGUCCCGCCUCCAGCCCAGGGGAGACGGACCCCGGGGAACGCGGGUCUACCGCAAGCACCAGUCGGUCAAAAGCAGGAAGGCGGCCCGCGGACGAAUCCAACGCACGGUGGUGCGUCCCCGUAAAAUCCGGACCCAGGGGCUGGUAGAAGGAACCAUUCUCGCCUGUUGA